AUGGACGCCAACAUUGGAGCUCACGCAAAUAUCGACAACCACCAUGAAGCAAAGGCUCAUUCGCACGCCUCCAAGAAAUUGAAAUGGAGAAGUGUUCGCGUCAACGUACAUUUAAGCCGAGGCAACAUCAAGCUCAAGCUCCACUUGAGUUCUCCUAGCUCACAUGCUUCCAGCGAAAGCAGUAUAAGCAUCUCCAACAAUUUUCCUACAUCUACAUUAUAUGACGGAUACAAUCUCAGAGAUUUCCCUGAGAGAAGAGAUGGCGAAGACAGCGAUGCCGACGACGAUAUCCAAGAGGACACUGACGAAAACAUAAACACUCCAGACAAGGAAUACUGGAUAAGGGGUCUCGUUGGAGGAUUGGCAAAGGCAGCAAAAAUAUGGUGUAUAAACGUGACAGACCUCAAGGUUGCCAAUGACCAGCAGCUUGUGGACAUAUCAAGCGUAGUCAGACACUCCGACGCAUCUGAUGUUCCCACGCCAGGUCCCUGA